UAUCUCGGGAAUGAGAAAUGUGACUGCUCACCGGUUUGCCAGGAGCCCUUGUUCCCAGAAACUUGGUAUUCCCCCACGUUGAUACUUGAGGGGCAGAUGCCGGCAUUUACCUGUCCAAGCCAGGUACGGUACUUAUUAUGGAAGUCGUAUGCUGUUUUUGAUGGAGAUGGUUCUAUUGAUCGGCCCUGGACGAGCCCUACCGAGCGCUUAGAUGAGGUUGUCUCGUCUUGACAUUGGUUAACCUCACUCGUGGCCUGAUGCUUCACGGAGUAUACCUGGCCCAUCUCGCUUAAAGCUCCCGAUUUCUUAAGCUGGGUCAGGUCAUUCAGUUUUCGAACUGAUUAAUAUGCCAACUCCCGUAUGUAACACUGUCCGAGAGUCAUGACCAAGACCUUGACUUGUCUCACCAGAGACUCCUCAUGCCACCCAGUUCGAACUUCCCCUGAAGCUGUCACUGCAAUAGUGCCCUCUACCACAGGAAUCUGACUGCCUUCAGUCAAUCCUCCGUUGCCAGGUCCAUCACUUAACUCUUUUUUCUGCUUGUACACAAGUUUUGCAGCUGAUCUCUCAUGCAAGGCCGUUUCUUCAUAUUGACUCUAGCUUAUUCAAAGAGCAUUUCGUCAACAUCCCUUUUAAAUGUCAAUCCUUGUUUCCCUGGACGGCGUCCAACUUACAAAACCGUUAGCGAACCAUGUCGAUUCUGGCUUCUCACCAGCUUGCGCGUUCGUUUACCACGACUAGCGACGCAAACAAACCACCAACGACUCGUUGAGCCAUCACAGCGCCUGUACUCCCGCGAAGCCCAAUACAAAUGGCCUUGGCUUGGUGUAUCUCGCUGCAUUCACGGGUAUUGAGAAGCUAAAUUUUACGGGACGUGCCACAACAACCUUUGGAAUAAAAACAACUAUCCAAGCAGAUAAUGUGACCGGGUCUGAUCCCGUGUUUUCAGGAGGCAACGGAUACCUACCUUGAUCCCUCUGCAUGGAAAGCAUGGAUGAUUUGUUAAUGCCUGGGAACGAAAAAUAUUCGUUUGCCAGGCAACAUGCCUCUCCGCAGGUGGAGCCUUAGGGUACUUGCGUCAAACGUGAAACUUAGUUGGAAACUGGAUCUUGUCGUUCAAGUCUCGAUGUUUGAGGCAAUCUCCAUCGCGGACGACUGCUUGCCAUAUUUGUUCGCUCUUUCUCACCCAGCAAGAACAAGUUGUGAUCAGUCACUCUCGGUUUCACAAGAACCAACAGGCUUCCUUCGAUCAUGUGAUCAGACAGCAUGACCAAAAAGAACCGCGUACUGAGCAUCGAAGCCAACCACCCAAAGUGACCCAAUUCGGCUGUGUCAUCCAUCUUUGGUACCGUCGCACGACAACGCAUAUUCUUUUCCCUGAGCUUGAUGCUGACCAGUGGCACGCUCGGCCUUGUCCAGUAAAUCUUGCUCUCGAGUCGAACCGAGUCAUUUCUCUUCCUGGAUUGAUAUCGGUCACUCUACGCUGCUGACGAUUCAACAACUCCUCGCCAACUAUUCAGCCUCUGGUCGCCUUGCAUCCGAGACUUGAACCCCUCACCUACAGCCGACUGUUUGUGUUGGGCAGCAUCUAAGACAUUUGUGCAGUAGCUUUCGGCGUCCAGAGUAUUCAUCAGCCCAUGCCAUGGAGUUGAGUCAGGAAUCUAUUCACGAUGUUAUCCACCCUACUGCAGCCUUCUCGAGUCCUCCAUCAACCACCCAGCUGGGCUCGGCAGUUCAGGAUAGCCAUGUUGCUGACUGGCAAAACUCAUCGCUGAACCCAAAGAACCGCAUUGAUAGCCUCAACCCACUGGAUCGUCCUCUCUGGCGCAUCGAUGGCUGCACUGCUUUCGGGAGCCAGUUCUAUGCUGUUCCUUUAUUCAUCGACUCGAUGUCUCCUAUUCGAAUGGAUGUUUUUAUUCCUGAGCCCUCGAAGCUCUCACCAGAGCUUCGACUUGCACUCGAUGUUGAUGUGGCAUUUCAUACCACGAGUGCAAUGCGCAUUUCGCGUCUCGGAAUCACUCAACAUGUGCUCCGCAUCCUGCAACACUGGACAGCUCGGCAGCAGGAGCCUCUGCAAAUCUUCAGUAACAUACCUUUUGGUUCUAGGAUUGUGCUUAGGAACAUGCCCAUGAAAGUUGCUGACGCGGAGGUCACCAUCGCUCCAACUCACUAUCUCGAACGCCAACUUCUGUCUGUGGCUUCUCUUGAGAAUGCUUGGGGAAGCGACGUUGAGUUACCGCCGACUGUCGAUCUUGGUGACGUGGUAUACGUCUCACAGCUACACGACAGCGUCUGCCUCGUCAGAAUUGGAGGCAAAAUAUGGAUUUUCAAGGCACUUACCAGUUACACCAAGUACCUUUAUCACGAGCUAAGGCAGCUGCUCAUCAUCCCACCACAUCCCAACAUUGUCUCCCGUCCUGUGCACCUGGUUACAAAGAAAUGCAGUUUUGGGAGUAAAGUGGCUGUUGUCGGAUUUACUCUCGAGUACCAUAUCCACGGUAGCCUGCGUGAUCUGAUUCCUUUUCUCAAGCUUCACAACAUGGUGUCCCUGGCCGACGAGACAAAAUGGGCUAUACAACUAGCGUCAGCAUUGGUGCAUCUUCGUACAACUUCCAGUAUCUUCUAUCCGGAUCUCAGGUUAGACAACAUCGUUCUUUCAGCUAGUCGAGAUGCUGUUAUGGUUGAUUUUGAGCAGCGUGGGGUCUGGUGUGAGUUCGCCGCUCCUGAAGUCAAUGCUCUGGAGUACGUGAGGCUUCUUGCUAUCGAUGAAGAAAUACCCGCAGAAGUCAGCGAAAAGUAUUCGAAACUCUUGACAGAGAUGCUUCCGCAUUGGGAGGCGAUGGGUGAGAGCGAGGAGUAUAAGUGGCCAUGCAAAGGCUAUAAUGUCCCAUGGGCAUGUCUCACACCAAAAGAGCAGGAGGCAUGCGAGGUGUAUAUGCUUGGUCGUGUAUUGUGGUGCAUCUUUGAAGGGAAUAGCGCUCCCCAAAGAGCCGCGGUCUGGCUUUCAUAUCGAUGGGAGCCUCUUGUCGAAUUUCCAGGAUACACAAAGACUCCUGGAGCCAUGCAGAAAUUAAUUGAUCGUUGCACGCGCGGAAGGCAGAAUGGCCUUAGUAGGCUGAUUGUGAGGGAGAGGAACCAGCUCGUGCUCCGAGAGCUCGAGAAAACAGGGCUCUCCACCCCAGAUGGGGUGCAACGAACGGCCAAGGAGUGGUGGUCGAGAGAAAUCGAUGCAUCGGAGAGGUGGCUCAGGCGAAGGAUCGAAGGUAUGAAGAGGGGUGAUUGGAAAGAGAACUAUUACGAUCGGCCUAGUCUGAAGGAUGUUCUUGCGGACCUUGAGGCCUUUCGCGAUGAAAGGGGAUUCAAGUUCUGACUUGGGCCGGCGACAAUCGUACAAUCCGGACAUGUCUCACUCUCCACUCAAAAGCAUAGCAAACAGCAAGCGAGUUAUUCAAUAAGAAGCAACAGAGUUUGAUACACUGAAUUCUAUUUCAUAAGUAUGGCCUAGUUAGUUUUUAUAUUACACAAAUCUCGAUAUUUGGUAUUCAGCUUGUAAAGCUAUUCAUAUCAAUAAACGAUGCUUAUUUUCGAUGUACAUUGUCACCAGUCACC